ACAGCACCCCGAGAACCCACGAGAAUACUAUGCAGAUCUGCAGGUUCAUAGAGGACAGAGAGAAGAUGAUGAGACAUUGUCAGAUAGAUCUGGUGGGUGGCCAACGUGUGCAAGAACAUUCACCCUCUUGCAGACAUCCUACUUCUUCUGCUUCACCCACCAGUGACACCAAAGACAAACUUAUGUCCUCCGUGAACAUGUACGGAUGCGGAAGGCACAGCGGCGAGCUGAAGGAAGAACAGCAACUACUAAGGAAAAAGAUCAACAGCCGAGAACGGAAAAGGAUGCAGGAUCUCAAUCUAGCAAUGGAUGCCUUGAGAGAAGUCAUCAUGCCAUAUUCAGCGAAUCAUUGCCAAAGCACGCCGGGGAGGAAACUCUCCAAGAUCGCCACGCUCCUGCUGGCCAGGAACUAUAUACUCUUACUUGGCAGCUCGCUUCAAGAAUUAAGGAGGAUUAUCGGGGACAUGAGUGGCCCUGGGCCUAAAUUGCUUCUAGCUGGAUUGCCGCUGUUUGCAGCACCGAGUUCUGUCUUUAUGACACCAGGACCUAGCAAUAACCCAGACCCCCAGCGCGCUAACAAAUACCCCUCGCUGGCCUUGGAAGAGCCCCAGUGCUCGGCUUUUAACUUGCCAGGUGGUGCCAGUCUCUGCCCCUGCACCCUCUGUAGGUUCGCCCACUUUAUCCCCAACAGCCUUAGCAUUAAAUCUGUCCAGUUAUCCAAAUAACUCCAUACAACCGGUUUAAACAUUUAACGGACGCUCCGAAGCAUUCCCUAAAAACACAGACUGGCUGGAGAUUAUACGAUGGAAGUGCUGCCAACACAGAACCCCUAACAGACUGGCAUUCAAAGGCACAAAAAGCAUGUUUUUUUAUCCCGUUUCCCAUGUUUUUUGGUUGUACAGUGCAGACGGCUCCUAAUUGGACAUUUAAUUGUUAAAUAUCUUUUCACCGAUAUAAAAAUCAAUUAUUAUGCUACCUAACCUUCACUAUAUCUGUCAGAUAGAUAGAUUAGAUGUACUAUAAAAUAGUGUAAAUGGGGCAAGAUUUUUACAACUCUUAUGUAACUUUUUUAACACAAUUGACUGAACAUUUCUUAACCAUUUGAACGUCGGAAUGCUUAAUAAAAUAUAUUUCAGAAGAAUUACAAAACAAAGAUUUAACUCCAUUCCGAAUAAACCUGAAGAAGUGUUUAAGAUCUCUUGUUGGUGUUUUAUGUCUAGGAUAUGUCAUUCUGUAAUCCUGUGGAAAUAACUGUUCAGUAAUCUAGUUUAUUAGGCUAUAUAAUAUAUAUUC